AUGUACACUUACGCUCGAUCCCACAGGAAUAAACGCAGAUCCAGUCGGCUACAGCCCUGCACACCCAACGAAAACCUGAACUAUGCACUAGGAGCCAUCAGAGUCCUUGGUUUGGAGCUGAUCGCAGACGAACUGAAACCACAUCUGAACACAGUGCUGACCAACAUUAAGGAGAAGAACAAAGGCGCUCCUGAGCAGGUGGUGAUCAGUGGGAUCCUGCCCAUCCUGGCCCUGUCCCUGAGGAGCAGAGGGCCGCUCACUCUGCUCACCGCAAAACUGGUGGCCGAACUCGCCAGGGAAUCUGUUGUCUGUAAAGGUUUUGGUGAUGCGGGUCUGGUUACGGCUUUGCUGUCUGUGCUGACGAGUCCAGACCAGGAUCUGCUCCUUCACGCUGCGAGAGCCAUCUCACGCAUGUCUUAUGACAGCUCUAAGCUGCAGGAGAUGUUGCUACGUCAAGGUGCGGUGCCUCGCCUUGUUGCCAUCCUGCUCCGUUUCCCUGGUAAGGAGGCUCUGGAGGAGGUGUGCCUUCAGGCCCUGUGUAACCUCAGUGGCAUGGGGGUGGCAGAGGAGGCUGGCAUGGUGUGGGAGAGGGGGGCUUCUGUGAGGCCGGGGGAGUCGGUGUUUCAUGGCGUCUCUCCUCACUCCUGUGGCUUCGCCUCCUCCGUGACCCUGGUGUGUGUGUCUCAGUGGGCGCCGGGUCAGUACGCCGUCAACAUCGAGGUGUUCCAGCGCUGCUCCUCCUCUUUCUGGAGCCUCCACGGGAACAAACGGACUGCUCGUUGGUUCCCGUUCUCCAGCUUGGGGAGCUGUUCAAAUCUGUACAAGGUGAUCAAGUUCUCUACAAAGAACAUCCCUCGAACAAAAAGUCUGAGAACUCGUGUGUUUCAUACUUUCCUCUGAAAACUGAUCCGAACUGGAAGAUUUAACUCUGGGGGGU